AUGCCUCAGCCAUCCAUUACUCCACCAUGCCUCAGCUAUCCAUUACUCCACCAUGCUCACCAUGCUAUCCAUUACUCCACCAUGCCUCCCAGCCAUCCAUUACUCCACCAUACCUCCAGCCAUCCAUUAAUCCACCAUGCCUCAGCUAUCCCUUACUCCACCAUACCUCAGCUAUCCAUUAAUCCACCAUGCCUCAGCCAUCCAUUACUCCACCAUGACUCCACCCAUCCAUUACUCCACCAUGACUCAGCUAUCCACACCCACCAUGGCUCAGCUACCCCCAUGCCCCAGGUAUUCCACCAUGCCUCAGCCAUCCAUUACUCCACCAUGCCUCCAGCCAUCCAUUACUCCACCAUGCCUCAGCUAUCCAUUAAUCCACCAUGCCCUCAGCUAUCCAUUAUCCACCAUGCCUCACAUCCAUUAUCCACCAUGGCUCAGCACCAUACCCACAGCCAUCCAUUAAUCCACCAUGCCCUCAGCUGUCCAUUACUCCACCAUACCCCUGCCAUCCAUCCCACCAUGCCUCAUCCACACUCCACCAUGCCUCAGCUAUCCAUUACUCCACCAUGGCUCAGAUAUCCAUUACUCCACCAUACCUCAGCUAUCCAUUACUCCUCCAUGCCUCAGGUAUUCAUUACUCCACCAUGCCUUAGGUAUCCAUUAAUCCACCAUGACUCAGCUUUCCAUUACUCCACCAUUCCUCAGCUAUCCAUUAAUCCACCAUGCCUCAGGUAUCCAUUACUGCACCAUGCCUCAGCUAUCCAUUACUCCACCAUGACUCAGCUAUCCAUUACUCCACCAUACCUCAGCUAUCUAUUACUCCACCAUGACUCACCUAUCCAUUAUUCCACCAUGACUAGCCAUCCAUUACUCCACCACACCAGCCAUCCACACUCCACCAUGCCUCAGCUAUCCAUUACCCACCAUGACUCAGCCAUCCAUUACUCCACCAUGACUCAGGUAUCCACACCCACCAUGCCUCAGCCAUCCAUUACUCCACCCAUGACCUAG